AGAAAACCUUCUAUCAGAUAUAAAGUUCACAGAGAGGGAGUCUGCACUCCUGAAACACAACAACAAAGUGGAAAAAGAAAGUAUUGCGGCCUGUAAUUCGGGACACAGUACCAGCCCUCAGUGUCUACUUUAAAAGAAGUUUUUAUGAAAAAAUGGAAUCUUUUACAAAACCAACCGCUACUUCGCCAAAUUUUUAAAGAACCACCUACCAUUUCCUACAAGAAAGGAAAAUCCCUAACGGACAUGCUCGUUAGAGCUAAAACAAGGUUUCACGCCGGUAUGGUUGUGCGGCCUGUCACCCCUCGCAUUUUCUUACGUUUCCUUCUCUCCCCUCCCCUUCCCCGUUCAGUCCUCUUUUUGUGCCCUCGUCCCUACUUUCUGGACGAACUCACGCGGAAACGCUUGCCACGCAGGCGAGAUCAUACGAAUCAGCACUGUUGCAAUGAACGAUGAUUACUCCUGAAGUCUGAACUCCUUCUCUUCAAUCGAAUGAAUUGAGCCCUCCAAGAAAUACAUUCUACCCAGAAUGCAAGAUUUUUAUAAUUAUAGAUAGAGAGAGCAAUGCCAGAACUAAAACUCGCUGAAAAUGCCCGUAGCAACUCUCAUAAUAUUUCUGUUACGCAACAACUUCUUCUUUCGUGAACUUGGGGUACCUGUGGUAUUAUUUGUUACGUAAACGCGCAUCUAUGCGACUAUUCUAAGCGAUAAUGAACUCACUCGCGAUCGAUCAGGAGAAGUAUUGACUCGAUCUCCUGGAUUUGUAUUUCGUUGUUCCUCGCAGCCUUGCGGAGAGAUUCACCAAUGGUCGAUUUUAUUUCGCGUAUUUCGGCGCCAUUGGUAAUAGAGAGAGAAGCACUGUCAGUGGAAACAGCCGACCGAUAACAAGUGAAAACGAUCAGAGCGGAUUUCGGUAUGUACAUUGUAUGCUGUAGUGUGAACAUUAAUAACAAUACGAAGUUCAAAUAUCGUAAACUCCUCCCUUUAUAGGUCUCUCCAGCUAGCAGGUCUAACUUACAGAUCACUUUCUAGUAAUUCAUCGAUGGAGCAGUGAUGUGACCUGUACUUUAGACCCAGCAGCCGAAGGCUCAUUUUGGGGGAUUGCUCUCAAAUAAAACUUGCUAUCAUGAUUCGUUCAUAAUAUUUCUUCAUUGUGGUUCGCUUUGGCGUCCUAGAAUUGACAGUAGUACAAACCAAAAAAAAAUAACACCAAAAAAAGAAAAUAAAAAAAAAAACGCUAGCUAUUCGCUUCACUGCCGCUCCGUUGGAGCAUUGCGUGACUCAACAACAACAACAACAACAACAACAACAACAAUCGUUUAUUGUGCUCAUGAUACAAAAGUGUAAAGACAUUAAAAGGAAAUAAUUGUGAAAAAAAAGAGCACAGCCACUCAGAAAUAGCAAAAGCUGGACUUUGAUCCGAGCGGCUGCAAAUGAGACCAACCCCCCAGCUGUUGAUCCCUUUAGCUUGUGUGUUUGUUUUCACAAUAAGGCCCAAAAAGAAUUUUCUUUUCGUUAAUUAUGCGUAAAAAUGCACCUGAAUAAGUAUAAAUUGCCUACAUUUAAAAGAAGCAGUUCCCUGGAGGACUAUCACGUGACGCUGCGAGCAGUCUCUCUUUCAUUAGGGACUUUACGAUCUGACAAUGGCAACGUCCAUGAAACCUUUGCUGAAAAAUAGACUCCGCAUCCUUUCAAACCAUUUCGCGCUUAUCCCAAGUCGCCCAGUUACUUAAAAGAAGGGAAUUUAUGUUGGAGCUGAAGAGAGGAGGCCGCACCUAGUUUCAGACAGAGAUGGUAGAAUUUAACGCCUUGCCGCUCCCGUCUUCAGAAAAGCUUCAAAUUUGGUCAUUCCACGUCGUAGUCGUGCAGGGACGGCAAAGAAAUGUACAGAAAAGCGUGAUGCGACUGAAAGUUGUUGUUUUGCUAACUAAACUCAUUGCUUUUUCACGUUGCCGUUGCCGUCGCCGUCGUAGUUUUAAAUAAAUAAAUAAAUAAUUCAAACCACAUUUCAAAAAGUUGAAAAGUUAGCGCUAUUUGCCAAAGAUUUCAGUGUUGCUGAAAGUUUAAAUGUUCCUGUCUCUAGUGCGUUGGGUUCAGUUCUAUCAUCAUCCAACCUCGUCCCGCAAAACAACAUGAAUCCGAAACACCAUUUAUUUUGGCUGUUUCGGCCAAGCUCGGCAGAAAUAGCAAUACGUUAGUACUACAACUUCUAUUACAUUCAAAUAUAUGGUAGAUAAACUAGAACAGAGCUGAACGACAGUUCACAAAGAAUAUAGCCUGCAGCGCAGGCGUUUUGUUUGAGCGCGCAAUUUGGUUACUAUUUCUACUCUCCCCAAUCUUCCACUGUCAUAAAAUCGAAGAUGGCGGCUACAACAAAAUUACGAACACGAACAAGGUUUCGCCCACCCAAAAUACGCUUGCACUGCAGGCUACAAAGAAUACUGUCAGAACAGAGGCCAGAAAAAACCUUCCUGAAAAAACCCUACUAGCUAGGGAAAAAACUCGGCACGACAUCUCACAUCUGGGUCAUGGCUCAUGCUCUGAAAAGCCCAUCCUACGAAGGAUACACGACUGGCAGGUUACUGCCCACUAUUACUAAGCAUGUAUUCCAACAAAGCACGAUACAUUCGAAAUAAUCGUUCGAGAACAAACGAAAAAUAACUAAAACAAGCUAAAACCCUCGCGCAACUCGAUCUGUGACUUAAUCUGAUCAGAAUGCUUUCCCACGUGAUAAGCAUCCCUUUUAUGGCACUCCCUCCUACCCAUACUGCACUUCAACUGCUUGGACAUACGAAAUUUCUCUUCUCGUGUUGAAAAUAUUUCACUCGUUCGCAUAUUUUUCAACACUCGAAGAGAAAUUUCGUAUCUCCGCGCGGCCAUGUAGUUUGACGUACGAACGUCAGAAAAAUUAUAUUCUGCCUUAUAAAUAGUUUUUUCGUUUUAAGCCAUUGAUGUUUAUUACGCUGUCUUUUUUACGUGAUGAAUAGGUAAAAAUUUAAGUGGUUUCACCGUAAAGCUUCCUGGUAAAGCUUUGAACAUUUCAAUAUAUGGCGCCAGUUGUGAUUUAAUAUAAUUGUUUCAUUUUAGAGUGAAAUGGCCCUUUCAAGUUCAAAGCAAAACGGCCGUAUCUCAUCAGAUGUAACCAUUCGCUUCUUUCAGCCAAAUGACAGAGCAGUUUGUCAGAAAAUAUUCGUAGAUGGAGGCAACGAGUGUGCAAGGGAUACCUUUUUGCUUUUUCUGACGAGAGUAACAUGGUAUUUUGCUGUAGGAGUUGUUCCUGCCUCAUUCACAGCAAUCAUAUGGUCACCUUGGAUUUUAGCAAUAUAUUUUCUGCUUGCGAUUUUAUUUUUCGUAUGCCCCAUCAUUUACUGGUUUAGCGAUUACAAAAGCUGGCAGAAAUCCCGGUUAAGUACAAAGUUUAGUUUGUCUGACGGAGGGCAAAUUUGGGUUGCAGAGUUAAAUAGUAAAGUUGUGGGGAUGGUGAGACUCACUCCUAUGCCGGAUCCAGGAGUUUCUGAAUUACAGAUGUUGUAUGUCGUUCCGCACUGUAGAAAAAUAGGGAUCGGUAAAAAACUGCUUACUGAACUUACUGCAUAUGCAAAGAGGAAAGAAAUGGAAAAGAUUAUGUUAGAAACGUCAAGCCCAAGGACUUCUGCAAUCAGAUUCUAUGAAAAGCAUGGUUUUAAGAUUGUCGCCAGUCAGAAAAUAUUGGGUGGUUUAAUAUCGGUGUAUACCUUUCAAAUGGAGAUCUAA